CUCGAAGUUUAUCUGAUGAGGAAAUAGUCGAUAUUUGUACAUGCGUCAAUAGACCAGAGCGUGAAAGACUUACCCUACGAAAGAAACAUCUGCCAAUGAGCCAUGAGCAAAAAAAGGAACAACUGAGAUCUAAAAAAUUAGAAAAUUUCUUUGGUGAACAACCACCACGCGCACAGCCAACCGGAAUAGCUGGAAUAUCACAUAGGAAAUUAAGAAAUUUCUUUGGUCAACGUCCACCAUCUGAAUUAAUUUCAUCAAAUUUGACAGACUAUUUCCCUGGUCAUGCUACUGAAGAUCUUGAACGUAGCGCCAGAAGAUCUAUGAUAAGAGCUUCAAGAAGGAUGUCUUCUGCUUCUAGAACUUCAAGGACAAGAUCUAGACGUAUAUCUAGAACAUUCGAAGAUCCCAAUAGUAGACUGAAAAUUAUUAUGGAUGUACCGUCAACGACUAACAAAUCAACGGAUAACAGCACUAGAAACUCAUUAGUCAAUAUUAAACCUAACUCUUUUAAUAAACAAAUUAUGCAGCAGCGGCACGAAAGUGGACAAGCAUCAAAUCGAACACCGGGGGUGGAUAUAAAUGCUGUUGGGUCGCUCGAUGGAACCAGUAUAUAUGAUGUCGAUUUGGAUUCAGUCGAAGAUAAACCUUGGAGAAAACCAGGGGCUGAUAUAACGGAUUAUUUCAAUUAUGGCUUCAAUGAGUAUACGUGGAAGGCUUAUUGUGCAAAGCAAAAACAAAUGCGAGAAGAUCAACAUUCGCGAAAGAAAAUUCAUGUAUAUGAAUCUAAGCAAGAAGUAAACAGUUUGCCGCCAGAAUUACAAUCUAUUAGUCAACCGCAAUCAGGGUUAGAUCAUCCGAGAUUCCAACAGCAACGAGGAAGAGGACGUCGUGGGAGGGAUCAAGACGAUUCUGUAAUCCAAGUUGUGUCUAGUGAAAGAGAGGCUGCUUUGGAAGAAUUGGAACCAAUUCCACCGCCAACAAUGGAUGGACCUCAAAAUGAAGAUUACGGUAUGGACGCCAAUGGAUACCCGCAUGAUUUUCAAGAAUACGUCCGACUCGGUCCACCGAUGGGAAUGAGAAUGUUUCCUCCACCGGAUAUGCAAAUGGGACCUCCGCCACCAUUUUUUAUGGGAAAUCCAGAAAUGCCACCAACUGGUCCGAUGGGAUUUGAUCCAACAUAUCAAGGUGGCCAACCCAUGCGUAGAAUGAUGCGUCCCACAGGAAUGCCGGGAGGGAUGCCCGGUAUGGCAACACGUAUGCCACCAACAAUGCCUGGUGGUAUGCCUGGUGGGAUGCCCGGAAUGCCACGAGGGAUGCCCGGAAUGCCUGCGGGAAUGGUUGGCCGUGGACGUGGGAUUGCAAUGGACGAAAGACCAUUCUUUUCCAUGGAUGAUCAAUCGUGGGAAAUGGAAAACCGUAAUACACAAACGUUUCGUCCUGGAUUUGCAGGACGACCGCCAACUGGCCCAAUGCAUGGUAAUAGAUCCGAUUUCCAUGAUUGGGAACAUUCACCACCCCCAGACGCACCGUAUUCUCAUAGGAUGCGACCAUCUUUCCGACCUAACGCACCGCCUACGGGGCCUGCCGAGCAGUCACAUCAUCGUAAUCUUGUUUCAUCUGUUGAUAGCCCUAGUUCUGAUCGUGGCGAAGAAGAAAAUAGGAGUACCUC